GAUAGCGAUCAUUGUUUUCAUUCUAUCCCAAUGCGGAGCCAAUUUUAAUGAAUCUGUGGUCGCGUAAUGAGGUUGAUUUGCAGAGUGUGCUUGCGUGCUUCAGUGUUAAGAGUGACAAAACAAGCCUUGUAGAACCAUAGAGAGUUGCACUGCCAAUCGAAACACAGCUUUCUGAACAUAUACUUCGUCGAGCUAUGAACAUAUAUACGCGAUACGUAUCGGGCGAACACGACAAGGAGCAUUUCAGCAAGAUCCAAGAAAGUAAUGGCCACAUUAAACUACGUCCUUUGUCGGGUCAAUUUGACGUUACCACAGAAUCAACAGAGCCAAAGUCUCUAGCUUUUUGGAAUUCAACGCUACCACAGGCGGCAUUUUUUUCCGGAUAUGAUCCGGUCCUCUUCGGUAAUGUCAUAACGAUGUUGUAUAAGAAUGAAACGACCAACAAAAUGUGCGCCGUCUCGGUGACAAAAUUUGGUUGUAAUAUUUACGAAAAUAUGAUUUUGGAUUCGAGUUCAAGAUUCUGGCCUGCUUGUCAAAAUCUCACUACCGAACACCGCAAUUCCAACGUUAGAAAGGCUCUAGCUAUCACAAACUUGAAGAAUUUCAACAAGCUUUGGAACAGCAAAGAUUCAAUAGAAAUGAAAGAGAGCUGGGAUGAAACAAAUGCUGGCUCCUUGGCCAGCUUAAUGCGUCUCAGUGACAAACCACCAACCGAGGUUGGUAAAAAAAUUCUUUCUCUUGACCUUUUACAAGAACUGUCAAUGUCCGCUAUCACCAUAGAUGUGAUGUAUGACAAUGGCUUCUCUGACCCAAAGGCUACCAAUGAAAACAAUAGCAUUGUAAUUCUACUUGGAACCCAAAUGGAGCAGUUGUUUGAUCCAUUACUCGAAUACUCCCCACAAGCUAUGGAAUACUCUUACGUUCCUCCUCUGACCUAUGUCUACUCUUCAAUUCAAGAAUCAAGUGAGGUGAGUAAUGUAAUCAAAGAACUCUUUACAGUGCAAUCGAACUUUACAAUGGAGUUGGUGACCCUUCUCCAAGACUUCAUUAUUCCUCUUCGAAUCCACGUGCUUACUGACGUUUCCAAUACUACCAACGGUGCUGUGAAAGUCAAUACCGUAUUUCCACCGACAAUAGAUGAAGUCACAAGAAUAAAUUGUAUCCUCAAUAAUUCUUUGAAGAUCGCGACAGAAUUUGGAUAUCCAGAAGUUUUCAAGGUCAUUGCAUCUAUACUUCCAUUUUUUUAUAAGGCUUUUGCAAGACACCAAGCUAACAUCUCGUGCUUUCAUGCCCGGUUUGAGAUAUUCUUAAGACACAAUCGCUCCUAUGUCUUUGAUAAUAAGGAGAUAAACCGACAUUGCUACACACCUAAAAGAGUGGAAAAUAUUAUUGUGGGAUCGCUCUUCGAACUCCUGAAACUAAAGUUGAUCAUAAAGAGACUUUAUGAACUUGUUGUUUCAGACACAAAGUCCAGCUCAAGCUCUACGGUGAAAAAUCUUGAUGUCAUCGACAGACAGUACAAAGUAAUCAUUGAAACAAUCGAUUCUUUAGGCUGUGGAGAGGAUGGUAGUUUUAAAGAUUCUCGUAGCUCGAGAAUCUUCACGCCAUCCGGAAAAAUUCUCACUGAACUAGCAACAGAAUGGCCUGGAGAAUUGCAAUACGGCUGGAUGAGCAGAAAAGUUCUUGCUAUACACGAGCUCAAGAGUGUACUACCUGAAUCACAUAUCGAAACCGACAAUGUGAUACUUAUCAUAUUUUCAGAUCAUUUGUUAUUCAUUGAUGUCAUUGAUUCAACCAACGGGAAAGUAAAUCUAGUGCUACCGGAUGUGCUAAUGAAUUCUUUAGUCAAUCAGAAGCCAUUACCUGCGCUUGCUAACUUUCCCGAACUUAAAGUCAGAUACUGGUGUGACGUGAAGCAACUUAUUGUUAAGUCUUACAAAAGUGAAAUAGGUCAGAAUUUGACAUUUACAACGUACGGUGACAAUAAGUUCAAUCUGAGAACUGGUGUGACCGGAGUUGUUGCACUUAGCUACUCAAUGAAAAAUAUAAAUGAAUCAGCGACUGAAUGCAACGACAUAAUAAGCCAGAUUUGCAAAGCUCAGAUUUUGCAUAAGUCUUCCCCAUUUCAUUUGUUCAAAUUUGAGGACCUUGACCUAACUAGGUUUUACUGUGCUCAUGAUAUUCAAAGCUAUCAUCACGAGCUCUCAAAAUCUCCAAUUGUGAUAUUGCUAAAUAUGGAUAAAGAAGGGGCCUUGGAAACCCUUCAAAACUACUCUGAGGUCUUCAUCGUUUUGACUUUGUCUUAUUUAAACGAUCACACUAUCCUGAUCACAGGGUAUAACCGAGAGAACACUCUCAGGAUAAGUGAUAUUGUUUCAACAGAUAAUAUUAACAAUUCUUUAAGAGAAGCCUUCUCUCUCUGUAUGAAUACUUUAUUCCAUUCCAGCUCGCUCAAGAAUCUCCUCAUUGAGCAGAAUUCAUACAAAAUUGAUCUCCUUUUGAAGACAUUAACCCAUCAAUCGAUAAUGCCAAAGUCUUCAAAUCUCCGAAGUCUGACAAUAAUAAACGAAAAGAAGGAAAAAGUUGCAAGUAUCCCGACACCUGUUCUGCUGAAACUAGAAAGUGAUUUGCAGGAACAUGUCGUUGGAAAGAACAUUUUCUUUCUGCGGAUUUUUGAAAAGUUGAAAAAAAAGACAGCAAAACCUCAGAGAGGAAAGACAAAGAAAGAACACUUUUUCGAAGGCUUGACCAAUAUUCCCGAAACAGGUAUUCCGAGAGGAAAAAAGCCAGCUUUCAAGAAGUUAUACAAGCCUGAUCCUCUGUUAAGAGAAGCAUCCACGGUUUCGUCGAUUAUUACGAAGAAAGAUGAGCCAUGUUAUUUGCUGAACAUGAAAAGUCCAAAGCUGGAAAACGUUGCUGCAAUGAAAUCGAGAGUUUUGUCCGGUGAUACUAUGCUGUCAUCAGUCUACAGUGCGUUAGAAGAUGAAGCUUCAAAACGCGAGGAUCGGGUAGUGAACGAGCUUGAGAGAAUACCUGAAGACGGGUCACUUCAGUCUGGCACUUUUCAAAGACUGGGGGCUAAUAUGGGGUCAGUGAGAUACGCGCCAAAGAAAACAACGAAUGUAUUGGACAUGCAUGAAUUCACAGAGUCCAACUCCUUGGCAACAUUUCUCUCGAAUCAAGUCAAUUUCCAGCCUAAACGUAAACCAGAAGAUCAAGCAUCUCACGACAUGAGAGAGGCUCAGGUACUAGAGGCACCCACUUCCACUGCUGAACAGCGAACAAAUGACCAACGAGACAGCUUAAAAAUGGACAUGUUUUGUUACCCACUUGGAGCUGGUCAACGCGAGAAAGAAUCAGGAUCUCAAAAGGGGCCACUGACGCAUAUUAAGCCACAGGAUAAGAGUACAACUUCUGUCCUUAACAUAUCCAAAUCCCCCGUGGAACACAUGCACCAACAAAAAAAUGAUAGUACGAGAGAAAAACGGACACUGAAAACCGGCAUUAAAGUUGAAAAGUCCUCGAAGUCAAUUCAAGAAACGGAUUUUGCAUCACAAUUUGCAGCAAAUGCGUUGGAAAACUUAAAUGCCCCUGGAAUUUCUUCCGCCAUGUUUUCUAAGUAUAGGAUUUACGAAGAGCUCCCGUUGUCAAUAUUGAACAAUGCUGAAGAAGAAAACUGGACUUCCUUGGCUCGCGAUUCCUAUUCAAAUCUACAGGCCGAACUCAAAGCGAUGAAGCAUGAGGUAAAAGGCCGAAGGUUGUCCUCGGGAACUAUGUCCAACUCGACGGCACUGUUGAUGAUUAUGAAGCCCAAUUCGCAACAGUUCGACGUUCUUGACGACACUUUCUCGACGUUCGAAUUUGUUUCAUAUUCUCCAGACAACAAGUCAAACGAGAGUGUCGUUGAUCGGCCACUGCUGAUAUAUGACCUUGAUCAGAACCUUCAAAACAGCAGUUCGGAUUUCGUGAAAGUUUUUAGCGAAGAGCUCGAAAGAAACUUCAGCUUGCGUAUACCAGAACCGGCUGUUAGCCCUCCAGGAUCAAAUGUACAAAUCACCAGUGAAUGCCAUGCAAGAUAUCCGCGGGGUAAGCCUUUUGCAACAAAAGAGACCAGCAUGGAGACAAGGCAUAAUUUGACAACCCAAAAAAUUGACCACAACUUGCAGAUGCAAAGUAAUGCCAUCGUUUCCGACGAAGAAGACUUACCGUCUUCCGAGCUUGCAAACGCACUUGAUCUUUGGAAUAAGAGCAUUGAACAAGACCAAGAGUCAUACCUACUGACCUCAUCAUCCAGCGAGAAAACGCUCAUGAACGAGCUAACAAGCCCAUCAAAAGCAAAGCAGAGUCUCAAACUGGUCGUCAACUCCCAAACGUUAACGUGGGAAGGUAUGGAACAUAUGGAUAGCUAUGAUUCUAUUGUCUACUUAUCAGACAUCUUUAUAGGGGAAGUUUGAGUGUAAUAGAACUUUUUUUUGUUAUUAGCUGUAAAAAGAGACUCGUUUCAGAACAUGUAGCAAAGAUCAACAUUGUCUAUAGCAGACAAGUUUAUAAGUUCAAGGUCUUAAUGACUGCCUGGACAA